AUGAAGAAAGAACAAUCAUUCCUCUUCGUGCUCUCUGUUUUGUCCUUUCUGCUAGGAUGUGGUUGCUUUGGAGUCGGGAUUUAUUCAUCUUUGCCAGGAGUCAAAUUCGAUUUGAUUGAUGUAUUGGAGGACUGUCUGAUUAUUCAUCCCACUGUUCAAAAAAACCGUACUGAAAUUCAAGAAACCCUCAUGCCCCUCCGCAAACUUGCUCUCGAACAGGUAUCAAAACUAAGAAGUUCAACAGGAAGUUCAAUUUUUCUCCUUAUCCUGAUGCUUUCAUUUUUCAUUGUCGCCGCUGUUUCCGCCGCAGUGAUAGGAACAUGUUAUUGGAAUGAUAACUACAGAGUAAGCCGCACUUCUCAUUCAAAAAGCAGCAGUAUUGUGUUUUACGCAGGAAAUAACGAAUUUGGAGUAAAGACGCACAAGAAUAUUAACUACCAUUCUGCAGUGGGAGCUUCUAUUUCAGUUGAUGUAACGGAGGAAACUAACAAUGAAGUGGUUCGUUUCUACCAGCAGUCAGCCAAGUUCAAAAUAAUUAAGUCAUCAUAG